GGAGGAGGAAGAGGAGGAGGCGGCUGUGCCCGAAGAUGGCCGCGGCGGCCGGGGCUGCGGCUGAGGCGCGGUUCAUCAGCAGCGCCAAGGGAAAGGGCUUGUUCGCUACCAGGAACAUCCGCAAAGGGGAGACCGUCUUUGUGGAGAGGCCAGUGGUGGCAUCCCAGUUCCUAUGGAAUGCCCUGUACAACUACAGAGCCUGUGAUCACUGCCUACGAGCUUUGGAGACAGCAGAGGAAAAUGCCCAGCGCCUGCUGGGGAAGAGCUCACUGGUGCUGCCUCACCCGGAGCAGUGCAGCAUCCGGAAGGACCUGCACCAGCAGUGCCCCCGCUGCCAGGUGACCUACUGCAGUGCUGAAUGCAGGCAGGCUGCUUUGGAGCAGUACCACCAGGUCCUCUGCCUUGGCCCAUCCCGUGAUGAUCCCACACAUCCUCUCAACAAGCUGCAGGAGGCAUGGAGAAACAUGCAUUAUCCACCAGAGACUUCCAGCAUCAUGUUGAUGGCCCGGAUGGUUGCCACCAUCAAACAGGCUAAAGACAAGGAGUGGUGGAUCAAGGUCUUCUCCCAGUUCUGCAAUAAGACAGCAAACGAAGAAGAAGAGAUUGUGCACAAGCUGCUGGGGGACAAAUUUAAGGGCCAGCUGGAGCUGCUGCGGUUGCUCUUCACUGAAGCCCUUUACGAUGAACAUCUCAGCAGGUGGUUCACUCCAGAAGGCUUUCGAUCCCUCUUUGCGCUCGUUGGGACCAAUGGCCAAGGCAUAGGAACAAGCUCUCUGAGCCAGUGGGUUCACGCUUGCGACGUGCUGGAUCUCCCCAUGCUACAGCGGGAGGAGCUGGAUGCCUUCAUCGACCAACUCUACAAGGACAUCGAGAAGGAGUCAGGAGAGUUCCUCAACUGCGAGGGAUCAGGUCUCUACGUGCUCCAGAGCUGCUGUAACCACAGCUGCAUCCCCAACGCUGAGACAUCCUUCCCAGAGAACAACUUCCUCCUGCAUCUGACGGCCCUGGAGGACAUCGAAGCAGGAGAGGAGAUCUGCAUAAGUUACUUAGACUGCUGUCAGAGGGAGCGGAGCCGACACAGCCGCAACAAGAUACUCAGGGAGAACUAUUUGUUUACCUGCUCAUGCCCCAAGUGCCUAGCGCAAGCCGACGAUGCUGAUGUGACAUCAGAUGAAGAAGAGGAGGGUGAAGGGGAGACAGAUGAUGCUGAGCUGGAGGAUGAGAUGACUGAUGUUUGAUCCUGGCCCUGGGCGAGAGGAAAGGGAAGGGACGGGGCUUUCCUCUGAGAGGCAGCAGCUUUAAUAAAAAACCAGGGUUGUGUUGUGGGGUCGGGUGGGAGGCCGCGUGCUGGUGGACGCUGCGGAGGUCUGGUGGAGUGGGACAGUGGGGGAGCCGAAGGCAGGCCCUACUCCCGCCUGUCCUUGUGCGCCGUGUGUGUGGGUGUGUGUGAGGCUGUCCCCGUGCUCCCUGGGAGGACAGGCCGGGAGCUGGUGGCCCCCUGCCACAUCCCAGUCCCUAAAGGGGCUGUGGUGCUUGCAGGUGGAUGCUGGAGGAGAGCAGGAUCUGGCCAGUGCCUGGGAUGGACUAGGGGACAGCACGGUGGUUGCCUUCCAGCCACCUACAAGGCUGCUCUGCUGUGUCUGGGCCAGCGUAAGGGACAUCACAGUGGUCACCUUGUGGCCACCUGCAAGACUGUUCUGCUGUGUCUGGGCCAGCGUAGGGGACAUCCUAGUGGUCACCUUGUGGCCACCUGCGAGGCUGCUCCACCGGGUCUCUGCCAGCCGUGGGUGCGGAGGAGCUUAUCCUUUCCUACCCCACAGGCAUGAGGGGAAUGUGUGUUUGUGUUAGCGUGUUUGUUCACAAAGGAUGUAUUUCAUGUCUAUAUUCGCACUAUGUAUGCACUGUGGAGCCGGAGCCCUUCUACAAACUCCAUUCCAUCCACGCUUCAGUGAGCAAGGGGCAAAACCAUUCUCCAAGUAGGAGGGACACCUCAUGGAUAGCUCAGAUGCCCAAAUCCAGAGCAGGGCCGACCCUGACAGGCGCUUUUCUCCCACCUCAGCCCCAUCCUUAAAGGAUGCAAAGCUCUGUGUGGCAAUUGCUCGGCUGUGGUAGCCCAGAGCUGACACAGGUGAUGUGUUCCGUAAGCAAAGUCGCCAUCCAAAACGCAAAAGAUGUUUUUGAGUUCUGCAGAAUGAGCCAUCGGCUCAUCCAGCGGCUUUGGGAGGAGGAUGCGCCCGAGCAGGAGCCGCUGUGGCCGGGGAUGCAGCAUGGUGCUGUGUGACUCCCUGCACCGAGCAGAAUGCUCACUAACGGGUCCCCAUGUGGAGAUGGCACCAGCAGCUGAGCACUGUCCUCCAUCCCACCGAUGAAGCACACUGCUGCGCAUGGUAUCCCCUGUCUCCAGCCCACGUGGUUGGAAGGAGAUUGCUCCAAGCACAGACAGGUUUGGGAUGUGCCCCAGUUAUUGUCCUCCCCUCGGAUUUUGGGGAGCUGAGCCCGUGGCAGCUGGAUUGCGGGAGGAAGGGUGAUGCUGGAGAUGGGCAUCUCUGGUCUUCCCAUCACCGCCAGCCCUGCUGCUCGUCCCCAGCCGUCGCUAGCCCACGUCCCCUUCCAUGUUCCUAAU